UUGGGCUCCAUGUCUCUUCUGGGCUAUCCUGGGGAUUGCAAUGGCAGUGGCACAGCCUACAGAACUCACUGUUACAUCCCAGUGACUCCUUCUGUUGGUUUUUGCUCCAGUGAUGUAAGCCCUACCUUUGGAGUCUGCUUACCCAGUAGCUACCAAGGAAAACUCUGGCUCCUGAAUAACUGCCAAGAAACCUAUGGUGACAUCCCAAGCUAUGAAUCUCCCAGCUGUGAGCCCAGGACCUGCACCACAAGUUGGGACUCAUCAUACUGCUCUGUACCCUGCAACUCUCCAGCAGUGGGCAAGGUAUGCAUUGCCUGUGAAACUACCAACACCGGACCCAGCCCCAGCUGCAGCCCAUGCACUCAGACCAAGGGGUAUGUAUCCCAUUGCUACACACCCAGCCGAUGUGCACAGAAAGCCGGCCAGACCCUCAGCAAAGGCUCCCAAUGCUCUGGGCAACUUAACUGCUUAUCCAAGAGUUUCCCACCUUCAUACCACUGCAGACUGGGUAGUUUAGGGUAUAGAAGAUACCAAAAUCUUGGCUUCUCACCAAGUGGCUUCUCAUCAUCCUGUUAUGCUGCCAGCAGCUGCCCAUCCUCAAACUAUUUAAUAAGAAAUUGCCAAUAUUCUCAUUAUAGGCCCAUACAUUGCCAACCAUUGAGCUGUUUUUCUAGAAACUUCCGGUCUCUGAGCUGCAUGUCAAGUACCUUCCCUCCUCUGAGGUAUUUAUGCAGUGGUUGCAGACCUCUGAAUUGCUUCUGA